UGUUGCCUGCAAAGCUUGUCCCUGUGGACAUUCCUUUUUUAAUGCACGGCGCAAUCUAUCAAAAGUCCACCCAGUCCUGAUGGUGGCGCAAUGAAAACAAGGAGAACUAAUCGUAUUAAACGCGAGAAGCCAAAUUAUUAUGAUGCUUUGGAAUAUGACAAGCAAACGAAAAAAAGUAGCAAAAUCAGACAAACCACAGAUACUGCAAGUGAUAUUGAUUGUCGGCAGUUGAAUAAAAAGAAGAAGCGGAAAGGAAAGGGAAAGGGUAAAAGUGGCAGUAAUAGUGGAGCAGGAGAUGAUGACGAUGAAAUGGAUGGGAUCAAUGGCUUAUCACCAGAGAAGCAACUCACUUGUUCUCUUAUAUUGCAAGAACUAAAUAAUAAAAUGAGAGUAGUAGCUUGGAAGCCUAUGUGAAGUUGAAAAUAUAUAGAUACAUGUGUAUCUGUUUGACAACUCUGGCAACAUCAGUUCAACAUGAUUGCUACUAUGCAGUAAUAAGGUGCAAAUAAAACAAAGGUAAGCGGUGUUAUGUGAAUUCCUAUGCCAUUGGAAAUUUACCAAAAUACAUCGAUUUCCCUAUAUAGACAUAACGGACUGCCAUAUAAAAGUCUCAAUAUGUAAUAUUUUUUUAUGUCAUACUUUUGUGGAUUAUUUUUUAUCAUAAUUGUGAUGUUAUUUCAAAGUUGUUGUGUAUGAAACAUAUAAACUUAAUUUGUGCUUUCUAUCAAUAUAUAUACUGUCUAUAUCUGUAUCUCACAGAUUCAAUCCUCAAAAUUUUAUUUAUCUAAUAUUAAAAUUACAUAUAAUGAUGUAAUUAUGACUAUGUCAUUUAUAAUCAUGACUGCCAUAUAUAAUAUUCUUAAUAUGGAUAUAAAUAUAGUUUAACAAAUAUAAUCUUCCAAAACUAUUUAUAGUAAUCGUUAUAUUUACCUAUUUGAAGACUAAAAAUAUGUAAAAGUCAUGACUAUAUAUAUACAUAUUUUUUUUUUAUUUACAUAAAUGCGCUUAGAUUUACUUAAAACAAAAUUGUAUAUAUUUUUUAUCGUCUUACAUAGCUCUUCUUGAGUAUAGCUCUUCAGAAUAUCAAUUUCAUACACGUUUAUAUUAAGGGUUAAAUUGUGGCAAUAAAGAUUUGUACAUACAAUAUAAAUAAUAAAGUUAAGCAAGGUAAAUAGUUUUAUUUAAAAACUGAAUUUAUAUUUAACAUGUGCACUAUUCAUGAAGCUUUCAGUAAAUAUUAUUUUGAUUUAGUAGAAAGGAUAUGUGAUGAGAAAUAUUUAAACUUUUAAAUGAGAAAUAUGUAGCGAAAUGCACAACUUAUUUAAUUAAAUUUAUCUGAUGCACAUCUUGUAAAAGUAUUCUGUGGCAGUAGGAAAUGUCAGAAAUUAAAUGAGGAGUUUAUUGAUACUUGGAAAAGAGCUCAAUGAACGCAGUGAUGUUUCUUUUUUGUGACAACUGUUAUGAUUUAUUUAUUUUCCUAUUACACAUUAGAUCACUUCACAUUA